AUGGACACUCAAACUCUUGGGACUGAGAGACUGACGACAGAGGUCUAUUUAACGACCCUGUCGUCGGCUGAGGCGGACCAGCGAGGUCGCAAACGACGCCGAAGCCCCGCACCCUUCUUGACAGUCACCACAAGACAAGUGCCCUCGGGCGAGUCUACGACAUUUCGAGGCCGUUCCCGAUUCCGGUCGACGUCUCGCCUGGACGGCUCGAGGAACGUGUCGCGCAUGAGGGAUGCAUCAUUGUCGCCCACGCGACGCAAGAUUCUGCGCAUGGCACGGCUGAUUGCCCGGCACAGGAGCCAGAGCCCUUCAAGAUCUCGGUCACCUCAUUCACAAGAGCUCCCCAAAAGAAGACGACAGAGAACACGAAGCCGCGGCCGAGAGCACCACCCUCAUGAGCACGCUGCCGUAGCCGAGCACUGCUCCGGCCUUCGGCACGAAAUUGUUAUCAAGACAGAGGCCGUGGCUGACAAGCAAAACGGCCUAGGUUGA